AUGCCUCUUCAUUCCCAGAUCCCCUUGCUCAAACUUCAAUGCCUACACUGGAUGCCACUUUUCGCGUCAAUGGGGAUGCAGCAAAACAUCCAUAUGUCGAGCAUCUGUGGAGAGUUGAUACUCGCGGGUCCCAUGGCUCUCUAUAUGACCGACGAAAGGGGCCGUGUCGGGAAUGAGGAUAGGGAUCCAGGCAUCGACUUGUUGACUAACGAUGCUGACACUCGCAUCCUCGGCCAAAAUUUAGUUGCUCGGAUUCUAGAGGGGGUUUCCGUUCCUCUCGCCGUACUCCCAGUUUGGGUAGACACAAGAAUCCGCGAUGGGUCCUUGAUAGACCUCAACACUGCUGCAGAGAAGGUGGACCACAUUCGCAUAUUGAACUUUGCCUGGCAGAACUACAGCAAGGUCCAUAAGAAAUUUGCGCCAUUCUUCAGGCUACCUGCUGAUAAAGACCGAUUUCCUCUGGGAAAGCAACGCACCCUCCAAGCGACGGAGGACCAGGCCGAGCGAAUCGAGAUUGUGUUUCCCGACAAUCUGCCCCAGCCCGAUGCAUUUGCGAGCCAAUGUCGAUAA